AUGCUGCUGCGCACGGCCACAGUGCUGGUUGAAGAAGGUGACGGGUUCGUCGAGGAUGAGAGCUGGGACAUAAGCCCGGGCGAGGUCACGCGUCGUCUAACCCUACUAGCUAGAAUGAUGGCGCAGACCUUCUGUAACUUGACGGCCCGCGACAGGAGUAUCACUCGUGACGUCACUGAUCAGACCGUCCAUUACUGCUGCGACGCCCUCGACAACAUGGCGGAGCUCCGCCAUGGAAACGAGGAUCGGCGGCGGGAAGCACAAACGGCGGCCGAGUUUCGCGUGCAGAUCGGUUCGACUCUCUCUAUCUUGCAGGCCAGUAUACUAAGCGUGAAAGAUCAGGUUCGCCAGUCAGGAGGGGAGAUGAAGGAGGGGAUGGUGAGGGAGGUGGAAGAGAGGUUGAAGGCGGUUUUGAGAGAGGACACCGAGCGGCGGAAGAGGGAGAGACUGCAUGAGGAGGCGCGAAGGGAGAAGGAGGCGGUUAAGAGGAAGGAAGCAGAGGACGCCGAGAGACGGAAGAAGGAGACGAGGGAUGGCAUUAAGGAGUUGAAGGAGGUGAUGAAGUCGAUGAAGGAGUUGAAGGCGGGUAUGAAGGAGAUGAAGCAUGGUAUGUUACAGCAGGUGGUAGAGAGGAUGACAGCGGUUCUGAGAGAGGACUCUGAGCGGCAGAAAAGGGAGAGACAGCGGGAGACAGAACGGCGGCAGAAGGAGGAGGCGAGCAGGAAGGAAGCCGAUGAUGCCGAGCGACAUAAGAAGGAGAAGCAUCAGGAUGAGGACCGCCGAAAGAAGGAAGAGGCGAGGAGGAAGGAAGCCGAGGAAGCCGAGAGACGAGAGGCGAAGAAACAGGAGGAGGAAGAGCGUCGGCAUAAGGAAAUGGAGGAGGGGAUGAAGGAGAUGAAGAAGUUGAUGAAGGAGAUGAAGGCGGGGAUGGAGGAGUUUAAGGAGGGGAUGCUAAGUGAGGUGGAAAAGAGGUUAACAGCGGUUUUGAGAGUGGACUCCGAGCGGCAGCAAACGGAGGAGGCGGCGACGAAGGAAGCUGAGAAUGCCAAGGGGCUGCUGCGGGAGAAUCAGCGGGAGGAGGAGCGGGAGCGGCGGCAGAAGGAGGAGGCGAAGAAGAAGGAAGCAGAGGAUGCCGAGCGGUUUCAGAGGGAGAAUCAGCGGGAGGAGGAUCGGCGGCAGAAGGAGGAGGCGAAGCGGAAGGAAGCGGAGGAUGCCGAGCGGCUUCAGAGGGAGAAUCAGCAGGAGGAGGAUCGGCGGGAGAAGGAGGAGGCAAAAAAUAAGGAAGCAGAGGAUGCGGAGCGGCUGCAGAGGGAGCAACUGCAGAAAGAGGAGCGACGGCAGAAGGAGGAGGCGAAGCGGAAGGAAGCGGAGCAUGCCGAGCGGCUGCAGAGGGAGAAUCAGCAGGAGGAGGAUCGGCGGCAUAAGGUGGAGGCGAAGCGGAAGGAAGCGGAGGGUGCCGAGCGAAUGCAGAGGGAGAAUCAACAGGAGGAGGAGUGGCGGCAGAAAGAGGAGGCAAAGUGGAAGGAAGCGGAGGAUGCCGAGCGGCUGCAGAGGGAGAAUCAGCAGGAGGAGGAGCGGCGGCAGAAAGUGGAGGCGAAGCGGAAGGAAGCAGAGGAUGCCGAGCGGCUGCAACGGAAGAAACAUCAGGAGAAGCAGCACGAGCGAAAGCAUCGGCGAGCUCUGAAAAUGGCCAGAAUAGCGUCUUUUGAGGAAGAACAAAGGCUACUGGAAGCUAAGGUCAAGGCCAUGGCCGUAGAAAAGGAGCGAUUGGCACGGGAGAUGGAGGAGGAGGAGUCGACAACGCAGGGGGAGGGGACUGGUGGAACUAGGGAGGAGGAGGAAAUCACUGAGGGCCUGGAGAUGGUGCGGUUGGAAGAGGGGGGGGGAGGCGAAUGGAGCAGAUGCCACGGCUAUUGUUGUCGGACAGAACGGAGAGGGGUCAAGAAGGCGGCCAAGGGAGGAGGAGAGAGAGCCGGAGGGACAUGCGUAUAA